AUGGGUUCGACGCAGCCGUCAGACCCCAAUUUGCCCUUCGGCUAUGCCGUUGAUCCUUCGCAAGACUUCUUCCUCGACCCUCCCGAACCUGCGCCUGGCGCUCCUCUUCUCUCCGACAAUGAAACCAAAUUACUCAGCUCCUUCUUCGAGGACAUGACUGCCGAUCAUUACAAUCUACCUUCUUUCGGCGAAGGACUCAACUUCAGCGAUGCUUGGUUGGAAUUACCUCCCCAGUUCAUGGGGACGGCAACAUCUUUUGGCCAGUCGCCGGCACCGCCGCCUCUUGCUUCCCCUGGGCAUAGUAUGCCCCAUAACGACUUUGCGGACAUGAUGUCCAUGGGCUCAAACCUGAUGCCUCCUCCUCCUCCUCCCCCACAGCAGCAGCAGCAUCAGCAGCAGCCGCCACCGCCGCCGCAGCAGCAUCAUCAUCAGCAAUCACACCCGACACUCGAUCAGCACGCCUCAGCCGACGUUCUUCAGGCCGCCAGCACACUACUGCACAACGGUUCCUCGUCAAGAACAAACACAAAUGGGUCUGGGCCGAUGUUCAGCAGCACCAGGGACGUUCCGCACUCCCUCGGUCCACCCGUCGGCCACCUAAGGCACCAACCUAUGGAGGAUUUCAAGCGUGCUGAACGAGGCAGCGUGGCUCAGGCCAGUCUCGUUGAUGAUCAUGAUAGCACAUUCGCGGACAUGUUUUUCGGACCCGCUCCUGGCGAGAGAGUGUCUUCGCAACGGGCUAACCAGGUUCCCAAUAUCGAUGUACAGUGGGGCUCGGAUGCUCGAUUCAACCGCUCCAACAGCUUUGUUCCGGAUCCUAAAGAAACCUACGAUGCUCUGUCUCGAGGCCAGCUGAGAAAAAGGAGGAAGAGCAGGAGCACGAAGGAGGAAGUUGACGAGGAUGAUGAAGAGAAUGGUACCACAAUGAAAGCGGCAAGAAAACGCAAGACGAAGACCGAACCUACAUCAGCCACCCCGCCAGCAGAAAACGGCACAGGCCGGAGGCGUAAAUCCGGGACUGGGGCCAAACCAGCACGGGAGAACCUCACGGAUGCACAGAAACGAGAAAACCACAUCAAGAGCGAGCAAAAGCGCCGUACUUUGAUCAAGGAAGGCUUCGAUGACCUCUGCGAGCUUGUGCCAGGUCUCAAGGGAGGCGGCUUCAGCAAGAGCACGAUGUUGACUAUGGCGGCCGAGUGGCUUGAAGAGAUAAUGAAGGGCAACGACGAGCUCAGGGCCCAGGAAAGCGCCCUCGUGGGACGGUAA